UGGUCAUCAGAAAUAAAUUAUUCUCUUAAGUUUCCAAAAAGUUGUCCACGGCGAGAGAGAAGUAAGCCAACCACGUGGCAUCAUGGAGCAACAUCCUCCAAAUCUGCCCCCGUACGCGGUCUACCUCCCCGAUCAGAACGUCCCCUACCCCCCCAACGUCCCCUGUCCCCCGAACAUGGUCAACUGCCCCCCGAACAUGGUCACCUACCCACCCAACGUCCCCUGUCCCCCGAACGUGGUCACUUACCCCCCGCCGAACGUCGUUCCAUACCCGGAGAACGUUACCAACUACCCAGCGAAUUACCCCCCGAACGUCGCCACAUUUCCCCCGAACGCCACAUUUCCCCCGAACGUCACAUACCCAGAGAACGGCGAGAACGGCGUCACCUACCCCUCGAACAUAACUUACUUCCCGGUCAUUCCACCUCCACCGGACGUCAAUUCCUCCCCAGAAAGUCAGCCGGAGAACGUCACCUACCCACAGAACGGGGCCACUUACCCGAAGAUAACCUACAUUCCUAUCAUCCCAUCUCAACCGGAAGUCACCGACUCUCCGGAAAAUCAGUCGGAGGACGUCACAUAUCCGCAGAACGGCCCCACGUACCCUCCGAACAUCACCUACUUCCCAGUGAUCCCACCUCAACCGGAAGUCACUUCCUGUCCAGAAAAUCAGUCCGAGAACGGCCCCACGUACCCCCCGAACAUCACCUACUUCCCCGUCAUCCCACCUCAACCGGAUAUCACCACCUCUCCAGAAGGUCACCCCGAGAACGGCGUCAUCUACCCCCAGAACGGGGCCACCAACCCGCAGAACGUCACUUACCCCUCGAAGAUAACCUACAUCCCGGUAAUUCCACCUCAACCGGAAGUCACCUCCUCUCCGGAAGGUCAGUCCGAGAACGUCACUUACCCCCGGAACAUCACUUACCCCUCGAACAUCACCUACAUCCCGGUAAUCCCACCUCAACCGGAAGUCACUUCCUGUCCAGAAAAUCAGCCCGAGAACGUCACCUACCCCCAGAACGGGGCCACGUACCCGCAGAAUGGCUCCACGUACCCCCCGAACAUCACCUACUUCCCUGUCAUCCCAUCCGCCCCAUCUCCACCGGAUGUCACUUCUUCUCCGGAAAGUCGGUCGUCCUCUGACCAUUCCGGAAAUGGUGGGGGUGUGGAUUACGUCAACCCGCCGUGGUCAUUUCCUUGGUGCCAACCCGCCCCGAUCCCGUAUCCGGUUCCGCAACCCGCCGCACCGAUUCCGCACCCGGUUCCACAACCCGGCCCGAUUCCGUACCCGGUUCCACCCACCGGCCCGAUUCCAUACACCGCUCAACCACCCGGAGUGAUCCCGUACGCCGUUCAACCACCCGUCCAGAUCCCGAUCUACCCGGGAAUGGGCAGUUUCCCCCCCGUGAUCGUGCAAGUGAUGGGAUGUGGACCCCCCUAUCAGGCGCCGGGUUGGUCGAAUCAAGGCUAUUUUUUCGGCGGCGUGCCAGACAGCAAUGGUGCUAGUGGUCCAAAUAUGGGGUAUCCGUCCUCGCCCCCACAGCAGCAGCAGCAGGCAAAUCCGUCUCGAAGCAGUCGUCGCAGUCGUAACCGAGGUCGGAAAUAUCGCCCCCAAAAUUGCGGUUUUCAACGCUGCUGCGCCCCCCGAUCCCAGUCCGGCGUCAUCCUCACGCCCUUCAACCACUGCAAACUCUGCCUCAGCAAUCGCGAAAAUGAGAAAAUCUACAUGCAACACACGCUCCGGGAUGAGGACGGAAAGGUAUGCUGCCCCGUCCUGCGCGAACUAGUCUGCUCAAUCUGUGGCGAAACUGGCGACAACGCGCACACUUUCAAAUACUGUCCCUUCAACCACGACGUCCCGAUGGAACUCCGCUCCUACAAUUUCGAACAGGCCCGCGCCGACGUCGCGAGAUUGAUGAUGCCCAAAAGCCGCCGCGACCGAGGCACCCAAAGGGAUCCUCCAAGCUCCCCAAGCGAUGAUCAAACCACUCCGGAGAAGAAGGAGCUCGGAAAUUUAUGAAUUUAUGAACUCCCGAUUUUUUGAAAAAGUAGACAAAUCAUGAAAUUGAUGAAUUAUUAACCCCCCAAAAAUCUAGAUUUUUCACCGUAUUUUUAUAGACAAAGCUGUUGUGCCGCUGUUUUGAUUUUAAGUAGUGAUCAAUUAAUUAUGCAAAUUAGACACGUGACUCCUUUUUAAAAAUAGAAAUAGAUACAAUGAAUUCUUGCCGCUGUUUUCGUUUUAAGUAGUGGUCAAAUAAUAUGUAUGUAAUUAUGCU